AAACCAUCCAGCCCAUCACCCGCCCCACACAGUGCGCUUCUUUAUCUCCUUUCCUGCACUUUCUUUGUCUUCCACUCUCUUUCUCUGUCUUCUCUACCACUCUCUCUACACACUCUACAAAGGAAGAUCACACACACCCUCUUUGCUGCUGCUCAUGGUUUAUCGAAGCUCAUCCAAACGUUCGUCCCUGUACGAUUCACUUCCAGUACUUGAUUCGUGGUACCAACCUGAAGAAGAAGAAGAAGAAGAACAGAUCAAAAGCAGUACUACCACUAUCACGCCACCGAUCAUAACGCCAUCACCUUCUCCACGACCUUCCUGUUUCAGCAAAACACCUUCUUCAUCCCUUGAACGUCCCAGUUGUGCAGACGGCCGUCGCAGUGUGUCAUUCUCAGUCGAGCCUCCAUCCGUUCGCUAUAUCGAUGAAAGGGAGCAACAUCAUCAAGAAGAUGCUGUAAGUGAACAACUCUCUCUGUUGACAGCAACAACAAGUAUUAGUAGACAAGAACGUCGUGAUAGCAGAGGUGAGUGUCGUUUCUGGGAGAAACGAGCUUGGAUCAAUACAAAAAGGAAAAGAAAAAGGCGGGUUCCCUCCCCCCACUCAGAUCAAUCAAAAAACUCACUCAUCAACCAACUUGCGUUUGAUUUGAAUAGGCGCACGAUUGAAAUUCUUGGCAAAACGCUUGUUGCCUAAACAAUUCACUAUGAACAAGGUCCACGUUUUUUCUCCAACAUCUUCAUAAAUGUAUUCAACACCAGAACAAUUCCGUGUUUCUUAUUAAUCCCUCACUCUUACGCACUUGUCCACUACUGCUAUUACUACUACUACUACUACUACCAUUGCUCUUUUGCUCUAAUGCC